CGCCCCAGUGGAGACUAAGACACGAGCAGAGUUGAAUGCAUGUUUUGCACUUUAUUUUGUGCACUUGAGAGGAGCGCGGCCUAGCUCUGAGUGAAAGCCUCGGGCUUUCCUCACUCGCUGUCACCGGCGGGCUGAGGCCGCGCUCAGCGAGACCCGCUCCAGUGCUGGAAAUGUUGCGAAGCUAACGACUCAAAGUGAACGGAGAGGGGGUGUGUUUGUGUGUCUUGAUGAAAGUAGGCGGGAGUUUGUCUAGCUAUGGUUUGUUUUACUGUUUUGCCGGUGACCGACCACAGCAUUAUUCUAACAUAGGGCAUCCUGUAUUUUCCUUCAAUUAGCAGCCAUUCAUUACGGAACUUGCAUACUUUUGGGUAGCGUUGUGUUCGGCUUACCUACAGCUCAGCGCGGGACUAAACCGCUCAGAAUCCUGCCUUACGUUGUCAGUGACGUACUGUGACAACCACACGUGUUGACAAAGCAGGAGCCAUGGCUUUUGAGGAGAUCAAGAAUAAAGGAGGAAUUGAUGUGGGGAUGGAAGGAGACAGAGGCCUUGUAGCUGGGCGUAGCCAGAGAGAGAAGAGGAGGUCGUACAAGGACCUGUUAAGGGAGGAAGAGGAGAUCGCUGCUCAGGUCCGAAAGUCUUCCAAAAAACGACCCAAGGAUUCGGAGUUGUUUGCGCUUGGAGGGGACUCGCACAAAAAGAAGAAGAAACAUAGUGAUGAUUACUAUUACAGAGACCACGAUGGUUUAGGUCCACCUUCCCACAAGAAAAAGCACAAGUCUGUAGACCGCUCCCCUACCAUCUCGUCCCCCUCAUCCUCCCUCCCUACAGACACAGCCAUGGGCCUCCUGCAGGCCAUCACCUCUCCGCUGGCAACGGGUUCAGAACCCAGCCCCCACUUACACAAGAAACCCUCCUACCCGCCCUUCUCCUCGCACUCUUCCAAGGACCGCAAACGUGAGGGCGGUGGCGGAAGCAAAGGGAGCCACUCCUUCUCCCACUCCCGCCCCGCUGCCUCGUCAUCAUCGUCCUCCAAGAAGCACUCGUCGUCUUCCUCAAAGUCGUCACUAUUCCACGGCGGAGCGCCCAAAGAGGAGCCGUUGACGUUACGCGAGGCCGACGGUCUGAAGAUGAAGCUCAUCAUGUCGCCAGAGAAAGAGGAAGGGGAGAGCUCCCCGUUCACGUCCCACCCGUCCAAAGGAGGCGGAAAGAAGGAGAAGGAUAGAGACAGGAUGCAGCACUCAAAGGCGCCCAAGAAGAAAGUGCAGCAGAGUCGAGAUCCGCUGCCUGUCGUCGGGAAAGAGGUGGAGGUGGAAGGUCAUUAUGGAGGGGGCAUGGGAGACGACAGCUCGUCAUCAGGGGGGGAGCUGGAGGCAGGUGAACUGGUUAUAGAUGAUUCCUACACACACAUGUCAAAAAAGAAGAAGAAGAGCAAAAAAAGCAAGAAGAAGAAGGACAAAGAAAAGGACAGAGACAAGGAAAAAAGUGGGAAGGACAAAAAGCACAGCAAAGGAUUUGGAGACUCAUCCAGGGGCCACAGCCACUCCCACCCCACCGUCACACACAGCGCCGUCGGCCCGAUGUACGCCAUGGGCACGCCCGUCCCCCCGCACCACCACCCGGGCAACGAUGGAGUGACAGAGAAGAAGAAGAAGAAAGAGGAGAAAGAUCGGGAAAAGCACGAGAAGGAAAAAGAUAAGCCCAAGAAGAAGAACACAACAGCGUAUCAGGUGUUCUGUAAGGAGUACAGGGUCAACAUCAAUGCCGAACAGCCAGGGCUGGUCUUUGGGGAGCUCAGCAAAAGGCUGGCAGAGGUGUGGAAGGCGAUGCCAGAGAAAGACAAACUGGUCUGGAGGCAGAAAGCUCAGUAUCUGCAGCAUAAGCAGAACAAAGCCGAGGCCACCACAGUCAAACACAAGAGUGCCAGCGACGGCAAGAGCAAAGCUGUGGGAGCGGCAACAGGGAUGGUGUCACCAAACCGAGCGGCCGGCGCGUUGUCGCUGUCCCCGGCACGAGUCCCAGAUGUUGAUCCCAUCGAUGGGGCGGCUCACCUGCAGCUGCUGGGAGAGUCCCUGUCCCUGAUUGGCCAUCGGCUACAGGAGACGGAGGGGAUGGUGGCAGUGUCCGGGAGUCUGUCCGUUCUUCUGGACUCCAUCUUGUGCGCGCUGGGACCUCUGACCUGUCUCACCGCGCAGAUACCACAGCUCAACGGAUGUCCUCGGAACGUCCUGUCGAAUACGUUGGAUAAUAUCGCCUACAUCAUGCCCGGGCUGUGAGGAGAGGGUGAUAAUCAAAGUUGAGCUACAUGGGGUCAGAGGUCGGCAGUUUGGACCAGAGCGGUCCGUGACAGCAGUGACCGCGGGACUGUAAUUUAAGCCACUUCCUCGGCAACUGGGAUCUUGGAUAUUUCUAGCGUCAACGUUUUUUAAAGUGUAUUUUUUUAAAAACCCUGCUCUCUUAAUUUUUUCUAAUUGUUAUAUUUUUUAAAUGAAACAUUUUACUGAACACGUUGUCUUGGCAUGCCAGCUUAGUUUUAUUGUUCAUGUACAGUGUGUUGUAAAAAUGAGUAGUGUGAAUGUAGUGAGUGUAUGCGUGCAGUUGUUUAUUUAGUGUGUUUGACUGUUGACUUUUCUGUCUAGAUAUUUGAUUUUGUUUUUUUACUGAAAAGUACAGGAACAUGUAAGUAAUUUGGUCACGAUCAACAUAAUAUAUUUGACAGCUGCUCUGUUUUUCUUUUACCGUGUAAACAAUGCUGUCAUGCCUUGGUGUUUUAUACAUUAGAUAUUUUACUGUGCAUCCUGCAUUUAGAUUUGGACUGCUCCGUAGAAAAGGAAACAACUCUUGGUGCAACUUUGUUUUAAAUCAUAAGCUGAUCAAGUCACUGUCACAUUUAACAACAUGGCAACAUUAAAGCAGUUUCCAAAGUCA